AUGCGCAACUUUGCCUAUCUGGACGAUAACAUGAUCGAGUCCGAAUGGGAUACCUGCUUCAACAUCAACGCCAAAUCGCGCCUUCACUUGUUCCACGCGGUACGGUCGUAUCUGAUCGCCACGAAAGGAGCUCUCGUCAGUGUGGCUUCACUCGCCGGUGUCAUCCCCAGCGGGAGUUCCAUUCCAUACUCCGUCACCAAAGCCGCCCAGAUCCACUUGAACAAGAUUCUCGCGAAGAUUUCAGGACCAGAAAUCCGUGUCAACUCGGUCUGUCCUGGCAUAUUGCUCACGGUCAGUACAAAACACUCUUCUCUUUGCCUCGAGCACGCUUUGUGUGGAGAGGGAAAGCUCUUGUGCGAGACCCCAUGCUAG